CGGAGUACAAAACCUAAGACCCGAGACUGGAGCCUUCUUUACACCUAGACGCUUUACAACAAUCUCUCUGAAAUCACAAUGAUGGACGCAUCAAAAUUAAGAGAACUCGAAUUGUUCAUCGAUCAGUGCAAAUCCAAUCCUUCUCUUCUUCGUGAUCCAUCCCUCUCCUUCUUCCGCGACUACCUCGAAAGUCUUGGAGCGAAGCUACCUUCUGCUUCAUACAAGGAAGACGACUCCAAAUCGAAGAGCUACGUUGUGGAGGAGAGCGAAGAUGAAAUGGAAGAUAAUGAAAGAGCAGAAACGACUGUUGAAGAAGAAGAGGAAGAGGAUGAGAUAAUUGAAUCUGAUAUUGAGCUUGAAGGAGAAACAGUUGAGCCUGACAAUGAUGCUCCACAAAAGAUGGGAGACUCUUCAACUGAGGUUACUGAAGAGAGCCGUUUAGCCUCGCAGGAAGCCAAGGCCAAGGCCAUGGAAGCCAUCUCUGAAGGAAAAUUUGAGGAGGCGAUUGGGCAUCUGACUGACGCUAUUAUGCUCAAUCCGACAUCAGCAAUUAUGUAUGGGACUAGAGCUAGUGUAUACAUCAAAAUGAAGAAGCCUAAUGCUGCCAUCCGGGAUGCUAAUGCAGCUUUAGAGAUUAACCCAGAUUCUGCUAAGGGCUACAAGUCGCGAGGUAUGGCAAGGGCAUUGCUUGGUCAGUGGGAGGAGGCUGCAAAGGAUUUGCACUUGGCAUCAAAGUUAGAUUAUGAUGAAGAAAUAAGUGCUGUACUUAAGAAGGUUGAACCUAAUGCACACAAGAUUGAAGAACAUCGUAGGAAGUAUGACAGAUUGCAGAAAGAGAGGGAGGAAAGAAAGAUUGAGCGUGAAAGACUACGUCGUCGUGCUGCAGCUCAGGCUGCGUAUGAGAAGGCUAAGCAGCAGGAGCACUCUUCCUCGAGUAGAAAACCUGGAGGCAUGCCUGGAGGCUUUCCAGGAGGUAUGCCUGGAGGCUUCCCUGGUAGCAUGCCUGGAGGGGUGCCUGGAAAUGUUGAUUUCAGCAAAAUAUUGAAUGACCCUGAACUGAUGGCAGCUUUUAGUGAUGCAGAAGUCAUGGCUGCUCUUCAAGAUGUAAUGAAGAAUCCUGCUAACCUUGCGAAGCAUCAAGCAAAUCCUAAAGUGGCUCCUAUAAUUGCUAAGAUGAUGGGAAAAUUUGCUGGACCAAAGUAGAUGGAUUUCGUGAACUGAUCACAUUUCUUGAUGGUUCUAAUUGUCUCCAUGUGUCAUCUCCAAAAUUUUUAUAUAGGUCAAAGCAGUCACAUGAUUGUCUUGCUAUGUAUUUGUCUGGGGGGUAAAGGUUAAAGCAUAUUUCACAUGAAAGCUAAAGACUUUUGACUUUUUUCUUGUGUGUCUGGGAUUGAAAUAUCUGAAUUUUUAAGUGAAAAAUGGUAGGGUAAUUAGCUGAGAUUUGUGUUGGAAUUUAAAGAGAUGUGCUUUUUUGUUUUUAUGUUUUUAUUUAUAAGACAAUUUGGAAUUUCUGAUUA